UUAUAUGGAUACAUGCAGAAUUUUUUUCAUGAACCCCUUAAUUACAAGUAGAGAUUUACAAUAGUAAGAAAAUACCACUGGUUCCAAAAUGUGGUCUGCCUUUUUGUUAGAAUCUGACUGCCUAGGAAAAUUCUUGGUGGUGGGGGAAGAGUUUAUAUGGCGGAUAUAGAUGAAACCAAAGGCAAGGAAACUAUCGAAGAACUACAAACUGAGUUUGGCAAGGGUAAGAUAGCUUUUGGUGUGCUAGAUGUUAGGAAGAAGGAAGAUUGGGAUCAGGUUUGGAGUCAAGCAGAAACAUUCUUCGGAGGUCAGGUUCAGGGAUUUUGCAACAAUGCUGGAAUAUUCCACGAGACGGAUUGGAUGAAAGUCAAGGAGAUCAAUAUGGACGGAAUGCUCUACGGGGCAAUGCUAGCCUAUGACAGGAUGGGGGUUAAAAAUGGUGGUGAAGGUGGGCUGAUGGUAAUAACCGGUUCUAUGGCAUCCUUCCUAGCUGACGGGUUUGACUCAGCACAAGGAUCUGUGUACUCUGUCUCAAAGUUUGCUGUCGGUGGCUUAGUGAGAAGUCAAUCCAGUAAAAAGAUUUAUAAUAUAGAUAAGGUGAGAACAGUUGGAAUUUGCCCCUGGUUUGUUGAUACUAACUUAGUUAGAACUAAUACCAGUGUUGGUGUUAUUGAGUCAACAUAUAAGAUGAGAGUUCUUCAACCUGAGGAGGUUGGGAAUGCUUUUGAAAGACUAGUUGUGGAAGGACGACCUGGAGAUAUGCUAACCGUGAUGCCAGGAACAACAUUCUUCUGGCCUAAUUGGAACAGGAAGCUCAUCGUCCUUUUCGUCAUGGCUUCGAAAAUAUCAAGAAAGGUCUUUGGAAUAUCUUCUGAGAAUAUUAUUACAGAACAGGAUUUUCUAAAGAUUGGAGUGGUUACUCUCUUCCUUGUAUUCCUACUGUUCCAUUGGAUUCUUUCCUGGAUAGGACUAUAAUACUUUCCUGGAUAGGACUAUACUACUUUCCUGGAUAGGAAUAUAAUACUUUCCUGGAUAGGACUGUAAACUUUCCUGGAUAGGACUUUAAUACUUUCCGGGAUAGGACUUUAAUACUUUCCUGGAUAGAACGUUGAUAAUUUCCUGGAUAGGACUAUAAUACUUUUCUGGAUAAGACUAUAAUAUUCUCCUGGAUAGGACUAUAAUUCUUUCCUGGAUAGGACUAUACUACUUUCCUGGAUAGGACUAUAAUACUUUCCUGGAUAUGACUAUAAUACUUUCCUGGAUAGGACUAUAAUACUUUUCUGGAUAGGACUAUAAACUUUCCUGGAUAGGACUUUAAUACUUUCCGGGAGAGGACUAUAAUACUUUCCUGGAUAGAACGUUAAUAAUUUCCUGGAAACGACUAUAAUACUUUCCUGGAUAAGACUUUAAUAUUCUCCUGGAUAUGACUUUAAUACUUUCCUGGAUAGGACUAUAAAACUUUCCUGGAUAGGACUAUAAUACUUUCUUGGAUAGGACUGUAAUAAUUUCCUGGAUAGGACUUUAAUACUUUCCUGAAUAGGACUAUGAUACAGUGAUAACCAGAAAACAACGGAAUAAGAAGACGACAUUAAAGCAAUACUAAAGUGUAAUUGAUGUUGUUA